AUGUCUGCCGCCGCCGCCGCAGAGACGACCUCGGCCAAGGCUGUCGAUGCCCUCGCACCGGCUGCCGAUGCCGUCGGCCCGUCGACGGACUCGGUACCUCUCGAGAGCAUCCGUCGCUCUACCGAAGCCACGAGCUCGGCGCAAAACGUCGCUCCCGCCGAUGGCCCAGCACCAGACGCCAUCGACACCACUGAGACGCCUGGGCAGCCCUCUGCCGCUUCGGAUGCCGCCGAGUUCUUUGCCGAUGCACCCGAAGUGCCGGCCAAGUCACCAGAUGCCAUCGAAAAAAGUCCUGAGCCACCUGCAAAGGAGGCAGACGACGCCAUCGGCCCUGCCCAAGAGCACAUCAACUCUGGCGCUGCAGCAGAGCCCGGCGCUCCUCCUGUAUGCAACAUUACUCUGCUUUUGACGUCUGGCAGUCGCCACCCCUACAGAAUCGAUGCCAAGUAUCUAUCUCGAAGAAACGUGACAAUGCCUGACGAGACCGAGCACGGCCAUCCGGAUCCCUGCAGCAUCAGUAUAUACACCCUCAAGGAGCUAAUACUGCGAGAUUGGCGGAGUGACUGGGAAGCGAAGCCUGCUAGUCCCAGCAGCAUCCGUCUCAUUCAUUUUGGAAAGCUGUUGGAUGACAAGGAGCAACUCAAGAGAUAUCAAUUUAGCUCCGAGGCCCCGAACGUGGUGCACAUGAGCAUUCGACCCCAGGACUUGGACGAGGAAGAGACCAAGCCUGGCGGUAAAAGCCUUGGUGCUGGCAGCGGCGACGGCCAACGGUCAAGAUCCGGAGGCUCGUGCUGUGUUAUUCUAUAA